ACAGAGGUAGAUUUUUUGGGUGCACUAAUUUACAUUCCCUCAUUAAAAUGCGAAAGGGUUGUGAGGUCGGCCAACACCAACGACACGCACCGCAGCGGGAGUUGUGAUUUCUCUUUUAAGCAAAAAGUGCUGAUUUUGUGCUGACCAAGCAAAAUGCUUCUUCGUCGUUUGCUUACGGUAUCAUGCCCGGGACGGACACAGCUCCAACGAGAAUUUAGCGUAUGUGAACUUUCGGCGGAACAUCGAGAGCUGCAACGGAUAUGCCGGCAAUUCAGCGAUCGGGAGUUGAAGCCGGCUGCCAGCGAAAUCGAUCGGCUAGGCAUCUUUCCGGCACAACAUAUAGCCAAGCUGGCCUCGAUGGGUUUAAUGCGUGUAACAGUGAGUCCUCAAUUCGGGGGAUCCGGUAUGGAUAUGCUUUCCUUAUCACUAAUCGUUGAAGAGCUAUCGCGAGGAUGCGGGAGUACCGGAUCGAUCGUAUCAAUUCACAACUGCCUUUACGCCAAUCUGCUCGAUCGCCUGGGGACAGAUGACCAACGAAACAGGUUUUUCAGCAAAUAUACUUCCGAUACUAUUGGUGCUUUUGCACUUAGUGAGGCUGGUGCUGGCUCCGACGUGGCUGCGAUGACGACCCGCGCAGCACAGUCCUCUGAUGGAAGCUGGCUAUUAAAUGGGCGCAAGGCGUGGGUUACAUCAGGUGUGGAAGCAGUGGCCGGGAUAGUUUUCGGCACCAUAGACGCAUCGCUUGGUUAUAAGGGAAUCUCUGCGUUCCUCGUUGACUUUGAAGAAGCAAAGGCCAAAGGACUGUCGCUCGGUCGACCGGAAGACAAACUGGGAAUACGCGGUACCUCUACGUGCGAUCUUGUGCUAGAAAACGUUUCUAUCCCGGCCGAAAACGUGCUGGGACCAGUUGGUGGUGGAAUGAGAAUUGCUAUGGAACAACUAGAUAGGGCCAGAAUCGGCAUAGCCUCACAGGCCAUCGGGAUCGCGCAAGCGUCGCUGGAAGAAUCCGUGGCUUACGCGAAACAACGGACGGCUUUCGGAGGAACGCUCAUAGAUUUGCCGGCCGUGCGGACUAGGAUUGCCGAAAUCGGCAUGCGUAUCGAAACUGCUCGGUUACUUGUAAGAAAGGCAGCCGUCGAGGUUGAUCGAGGACAGCGAGCGACUAAAGCUUGUUCUAUGGCGAAAUGGGUCGCUGGUGAAACGGCUACAUUUGCGGCACACGGUUGCCAACAGAUCAUGGGGGGAAUGGGAUAUAUAAAGAACCUGCCGGCAGAACGAUUUUAUCGAGAUGCUCGUAUUACUGAGAUUUACGGCGGUGUAACAGACGUACAGAAGUCGAUCGUAGCCGAUGCGAUCAUCAAGGACCUGGACUGAUGAACCGACUGAUGGUUGGGUGAUAGUUUAGACAGGCAUAAUGCAAUUAUGCCACAGAACGGGAAAAAUAACCUGAAAGGUACAUUAUAUUUUGUGAAACUUUUUUAAGGAAAAAUAUAUUAUGUAAA